UCAUGGGUUUUCAUAAUAUUUGGCAAAUAUGUUUCAUCUAAUUUCAGACCCAUUUUUAGAAGAGAGUUUUCCUUCCUCUUAGAAAAAUCGGUACAUUUUUUUUUAUAUAAAAAAUUUGAUUCCCGGGUAUCUUAUAGUCGGUGGAUUUGGUUUUUGGCCAAUUCUUCCAGCGUUCUCACUCGUUUUCUGUACGUAAUUUAUGAGCGGCCACUGAACCGAAAUGGCAAAUGGCAGCGGUAGCCACUGAGUUUACGAGUUUGACCAGUUUUGGGUGCCUCGAAUGAGUAGUGAGUGCGCGCGCCCCAGUGGGCCAUGGCUUUGCCGCGGAUCGGAAAAGGUUUUUACUGAGACUUUUCAUGCAAGUUGCGCUUUGAGAUUGCCGUUUAGUUCACGUCCGCCACUGAUCGCAAAAUGACGCUGCUCCCGGAGCUGCCAUCCCCCAGAUGGUUACUGAUCCUGAUGCUGUUUAUCCUGGCUUUAGAUCACAGCCUGGCACAUCCGCAGCAGCAGUUCUUUCUGGCUGAGGAUUUGAUAACGGGAACGGGCACAGGAAGUGGAACGGGAACGGGAACGGGCACCGGAACAGGAGCUGAGCCCCUGAUACCCGUCAAUGAUCCUUCGGAUCUUAGUGCUGGCUUGAAUUUGGCACCCGUUGGAAAUUUAAUAGCCGCCGCUGCCAUUGCCGUGCCCCCUGCCCCGGUUCAAUUUAUACGCACGGCCAUGAACAGUGGCCUCUGAUUAUUAUAAUAACUAUAUCUUAUUUUUAAGCGACUUUUUUUUUUAAAGCACAUUUUUAAAUUAGUUUGUCAAGUUAAUACAUUUUUUUGUUUUUUUUUUUGAACUCUUUAGUUGUUGUCUUAAAGUAAGCUUGUUGUGUUUUUGUUUGUUGUUGAGCUUGCUUGCUGGUGCUAUAAACAUUUUUUUAUGAUACGAGUUUUAUCUGGAUAUAUACAUUUUGUGCAAUCGCCUGCCUUAAAAGCUGUUUGUUAUCUAGAUUUAUUAUCGGAACACUCUAACGUCCAUCAUUUCUUCUUUGUGGUUUAGUUUAAAAAGAGCUUUUUGAGAUGGUUAAAAUUCCAAAAAAGGUCUCUCAAAAUGAGGAAUUUAUAUACUUAGAAAAAUAAACAUACAUUAAAGUUAGAAAUAUAUACAAAAUGUUGAAAGAAAGUUAUAAUUAUAUGGUAAAAAGCAAGGUAAAAUCUGUGA